AGAGAGCGAGAAGAGAGAGAGAGAGAGAGAGAGUCUGCUGUGGUGGUGUGUUUGGGAAUCGGACGACAUGAGCUCUACAUGAACCGUGUAAAAUGCUCUAAGACAUCCUUCUGAACCGAGGACGAGCCUGAAGCGGAGCUGCCAUCCACGACCAGGUGUAACACUGUCUUAAGCCUGAGGGGGGCAGAAUGCCGGAGCAGAGCAACGACUAUCGGGUGGUGGUGUUCGGGGCCGGGGGAGUAGGGAAGAGCUCCCUGGUGCUGCGCUUCGUGAAGGGCACCUUCAGGGACACCUACAUCCCCACGGUGGAGGACACCUACCGCCAGGUGAUCAGCUGCGAUAAGAGCGUGUGCACCCUCCAGAUCACCGACACCACGGGGAGCCACCAGUUCCCCGCCAUGCAGCGCCUGUCCAUCUCCAAAGGCCACGCCUUCAUCCUCGUCUACUCCAUCACCAGCAAACAGUCCCUGGAGGAGCUCAAACCCAUUUACCAACAGGUCUUGGCCAUAAAGGGCAACGUGGAGGCCAUCCCCAUCAUGCUCGUGGGCAACAAGAGCGACGAGACCCUGCGGGAGGUGGAGACCAAGGACGGGGAGGCCCAGGCCAACCAGUGGAAGUGCGCCUUCAUGGAGACGUCGGCCAAGACCAACCACAACGUAACCGAGCUCUUCCAGGAGCUCCUGAACCUGGACAAGAAGAGGAACAUGAGCCUCAACAUCGACGGCAAGCGCUCAGGGAAGCAGUCCCGCGCCGAGAGACUGAAGGGCAAAUGCAGCGUGAUGUAA